GUGCACUCUGGUAGUAAUAUUCCACUGCUCCCACCUUCUCGGUACGUAGGCACAAGGGAAGGGGUGACCUGGCUUUGUGAUCUGUGAUGGGGCAGUAGGCAGCUCAGGUCAGAGCUUCAAGCAACUGCGUCGACGUGUUCGGGGCUAGCUCUCUUCUCUUGGGCACCGGGGCGAGCCAAAUGUGGGAUGUGGCCGUGGCUGGAGAAGAUUGCGUCCGCGUGCUGGGACCGGGUCCGGAGGUACGCGCCUACGAGUACGAGGAGGGAUGAGGACGGCGGCAGCGGCAGCGGCGCCGACGCCGACGACCUGCUGCUCUGGUCGCGGGACCUCGGGCGCCACGCGGCGGGGGACUUCUCCUUCGCCGUCGUGCAGGCCAACGAGGUGCUGGAGGACUACAGCCAGGUCGAGACCGGCGCCGCCGCCACCUUCGUCGGCGUCUACGACGGCCACGGCGGCGCCGAGGCCUCCCGCUUCAUAUCCAACCACCUCUCCGCGCACCUCGUCCGUCUUGCCCAAGAAAGCGGAGCAGUAUCUGAGAAUGUUGUCCGAAAUGCCUUUUCUGCUACAGAGGAAGGCUUCCUGUCGCUUGUGCGCAGGACACACCUGAUAAAACCUUCUAUAGCUGCCAUCGGAUCUUGCUGUCUGGUUGGUGUCAUAUGGAGAAAAACACUGUACCUGGCCAAUCUUGGCGAUUCUCGGGCGGUUGUCGGCUGUUUAGUUGGAUCAAACAAGAUUGUUGCCGAGCAGCUAACGAGAGACCACAACGCAAGCAUCGAGGAAGUGAGGCAGGAGCUUAAAUCUCUUCAUCCUGAUGAUUCACAGAUUGUUGUCCUGAAAAAUGGUGUCUGGCGCAUCAAAGGCAUUAUACAGGUUUCAAGGUCUAUAGGUGAUGCAUAUUUAAAGAAGCAAGAAUUCGCUGUUGAUCCGUCCAUAACUCGAUUCCAUCUCUCCGAGCCUCUCCGACGGCCUGUUCUAACUUCCGAGCCAUCAAUAAGUACGAGACUUAUUCGUCCACAAGAUAGUUUUGUUAUCUUUGCGUCGGAUGGAUUGUGGGAGCACCUUACGAACCAGCAAGCCGUCGAAAUCGUGCACAACAAUUCGCGUGAAGGUAUUGCAAGGAGGCUGAUCAAAGCAGCUUUGAAAGAAGCUGCACGGAAGAGGGAAAUGAGGUACAACGAUAUUACGAAACUAGAGAAAGGGGUCCGUCGAUUCUUCCAUGAUGACAUCACAGUUGUUGUAGUUUUCAUUGAUCAUGGGCUACUGCAGGAGGGGAAUGCUUCUGCUCCUGAACUUUCAGUUCGUGGCUUUGUUGAGUCAGGAGGCUCCUCCAGCUUUUCAGGGUUAAAUAGCAUUUCUUGAUAUACUAAUCUAGUGAUCUUGUCUUUAUCAUUCCACUGUAAUCUUGAAUUUACACUUUGAACCCUUCUUUUGGUUCUGUUAUUGCAUAGCAGAGUACUAUAAUGUAUAUAACUUCAUGGCACAUAUUGGAAUUGUCGUGCAAUUCUUAGCAAUGUCCGGCUACA